UCCUUUCAAGCACGCUUUCAUGACUCUCCCACCCGAGGUUUUUCCGAGUCAUUUUUCUGGAAUCCUCCAUCGUGAGAAAGUCUGUGCCACUUAUUCUAACAUCAACUUUCAUUAAGCCUCUCCAAUAAUGUCAUACUCUAAAGUAAUAUUCGCUCUGGCCAGAGUAAAUCCUGGUCAAAUAUUUGGUGUGAGAUUGAGCACCACAGCAGCAUCCACGCAGCAAAAAGAGCCGGAUCCGUCCUGUACGGUCGUGGAGAAGCCGUGCGAUGUGGAUCUCAUCAGCGGGAAAGAGCACACUGAUGGCCGGGCAAAGAUCUCCAUCGAUUUCGACAACACAGAAGAAGCUUAUAAGAGUAAAGACACACUGGAGCUGCUCAGAAGUCUGCUGGUGUUUAAACUCUGCACCUUUGACUUCGUAGUUGAUAAAAAUAAAGAGUUGAUGGACCUGAGUAAGAAGGUAAUUGGCCAGCGACUCUUCGAGAAACUCAUGAAAAUGACCUUCUACGGGCAGUUUGUAGCGGGUGAGGACCAGAACUCCAUCAAACCCCUGAUUGAGAAGAACCAGGCGUUUGGGGUGGGCUCCGUUCUAGACUACAGCGUAGAGGAGGAUCUGACCCAGGAGGAGGCAGAGAAGAAGGAGAUGGACUCCUGUGUUUCUGAAGCCGAGAAAGAGAGUCAUGUAGAGGCCAGCGCAUACAAACCUCAGGAUAAUGAAUGUAUGGAUCACCGUGAGAAAAAGUACAAAGCUCAUCGUCAGUUUGGAGAUCGGCGUGGUGGUGUGAUCAGUGCUCGGACAUAUUUCUAUGCAGACGAAGCCAAAUGUGACCAUCAUAUGGAUACCUUCAUCAAGUGCAUCAAAGCUUCCGCUGGAAGUUCUGUUGACGGAUUCUCUGCUAUUAAGAUGACUGCACUCGGACGACCACAGUUCCUGCUGCAGUUCUCUGAGGUGCUGGUUAAAUGGAGAAGGUUUUUCAACCUGUUGGCAGCCCAUCAGGGGAAAGAUGGCAUGGCGAUACUCGAACAGGAGUUAGAACUGGAACAGCUGCAGGACAGUUUGAUCAAACUUGGAGUUGGCGCAAAAUCGGACAUCGAGAACUGGUUUACAGGAGAGAAACUGGGUUCAUCAGGAACUAUUGAUCUGUUGGACUGGAACAGCCUUAUCAAUGACAGAACCAAAAUCUCCAACUUGCUCGUGGUGCCUAACAUGGAGUCUGGUCACCUGGAGCCUCUGUUGAGUAAGUUCACUGAUGAAGAGGAGAAACAGAUGAAGAGGAUGCUACAGAGAAUGGAUGUUCUUGCCAAGCACGCUGUUGAAAAUGGUGUGAGACUGAUGGUGGAUGCAGAACAGACAUAUUUUCAGCCGGCCAUCAGUAGACUGACCCUGGAGAUGCAAAGAAUCUUCAACAGAGAAAAAGCCAACAUCUUCAACACCUACCAGUGCUACCUUAAAGAAGCAUAUGAUAAUGUGUCCGUCGAUGUGGAACUCUCGCGUCGAGAGGGCUGGUAUUUCGGCGCUAAGCUGGUUCGUGGAGCGUACAUGUAUCAAGAGAGAUCGCGGGCAGUGGAGAUUGGUUACGAAGAUCCCAUCAACCCCGACUAUGAGGCCACCAACAGGAUGUACCACAAGUGUUUGGAAUACAUUCUGGAAGAGAUCAACCUGAACAGGAUGGCAAAUGUCAUGGUGGCAUCUCACAAUGAGGACACAGUCAAGUUCACUUUGGAAAAAAUGAAUGAGAUGGGUCUCUCUCCCACAGAGAAUAAGGUUUACUUUGGACAGCUGCUGGGAAUGUGUGAUCAGAUCAGUUUCCCGUUGGGUCAGGCAGGAUUCCCCGUGUACAAGUAUGUUCCAUACGGUCCCGUGAACGAGGUCAUCCCGUACCUGUCCCGCCGCGCACAGGAGAACCGCGGCUUAAUGAAAGGAUCUCAGAGAGAACGCAGCCUACUGUGGAAAGAACUUAAACGCAGAUCCUUCAAUGGACAGCUGCUCUACAGACCUGUAUACUAAACCACACACAAACACGUCAUUCAGCUGUUUUUUUAAACAUCACCCACACUGGAAAACGAUUAUUUUAUAUAAACCACAUCACUCUCCAUUAUUCUAUUCCUGAAAUGUAUAUAUUGUAUCAAUGCAUCCCUGAUCAGUGUUUUAUAGUUAUGACAUCAGUGGCUUAUAAAAUGAACUAGGAUUAAAGACACCAUGAAACGGCAUUCCUAGCGCAUUAAACAUCUGUAUUGCGAAACUGAAUAUUUAGUGUAAAUGAAUAUAGGAUGGGACUUGAUCUUAUUUAUUUGGAUUAGAUUGGAUUGUGAAAGUGUAAACAAGUGAGACUAUGAGAAAGGUAGUAUAUUUUGAUGAAGGAUUAUGAAUACUGAUGGAUCAUGCAUGAUAAAACUAGAGAUAUUUAAUGACAUUAAAUAGUCCCUUUUUAUUUCAAGCGUCUUUAAAUACAUUUUUAAUCAUUCCACUUUGCCUCCAGCAGAGGCAGAAUAACAAGAGCCCAUUUCAAGCAUUUCAUGACUCAUUCUUGACAGUUUAGUUAAUCUUGGAUAUUUUUUAAUCGCAGAAUUUAUUUCUGAGAUGAUAACUGGAUGCCACUCACUGAAAUAAUCCUGCAAAGCAUUGAGGUCAUGUGACAUUAAUGCAGCAUACUACUGUUUGAAACAUUAUCGUUGCAUACUGUGUAGUUUCACAUACUAUUUAAAAAAAAUAGUUUAUGGUAUAAACCACACAGCAUGCUUGUAUUCCACUUUGAAAAUAGGAAUUGUGUUCUUCUCUGCGUCAAAAUCAUGUUUUUCUUUGUUUUUUAACACGCACUCAAUGAAUGGUUUUUCAUAACGAAUGUUUGUUUGACCUCUUGACCAUGUAAAGUUUUCAUGUGGACAAUGACGAGUUAUUUAUGUAUUUGAUAGUUUCUUGAUAAAAUAAUUACGUUUAAACUUUGAUUAAUAGGUGAGUUAAACACUUUUUAGCACUGAAUAUUUUGGUUGUUGUACCUGUUGAAUUUUUGUUUUGUUUUUCGCUUGUUUUCGAAAACAAAAAGCUGCUUUAAUGUACGUUUGGGGUUGAAAAUGAGUUUUGGAUGAAGUGUGCAUGUGAAUGUUUUACUUUGACUUAUUAAAUGCUCUUUUAUUUUUAAAUGUAAAUAAUGAAUUUCUUAAUAUAGCGACAGCACAGUUCUCUAGCCAGGGUGAUUUUAGACAGUUUUGCACUAAAUUAAAUGCCUCAUAAUGGAAAUCAAUAUGGACUGUAUAUUAUAUACUGUAUACAGUAAUAAACAUGACAUUAUAACAAACACUGUGUA